UUGCGCGAAAUGUGUUAAGCAGCCGCAAUUAUUCGAUCUAUACAAGUUUUGUGAAAUUUUACAAAUUAACAACGAUAUCUUUUAUUGAUUGGGCUUAAAAUAUAUUUKAAAAUGGCUCUACAAUGUCCUGGUUCAGUGGAUGUAACCGAUAUACAAUUUAAGUUACAAAGUAAACAUAAAAUUUUUGGUGGAAAUUCUAAAUUGCGCGAUCACGUUAACUUAUUGGCAUGUGCCAGCAAUUAUGGUCUACUAUUUGUGGGCAAUCCAAAUGCUCCGGAAUUACAGGCUUAUAUUCUCCCUGAUGUUAUAUAUGCGAAGUYAAAAGGACAACCUGUGCACGUACGAACCACGAAACUUCCUAAUGUUCCUAAUUCAAUUGCAUGCAAUGCAGAUGGGUCUAUGUUGGCGGUAAAUUACACGSUACAAGGUUAUGGUGUUUUGGAUAUUUAUCAUGUACCAUCAUACGCAACAUCUGAUGUAAAAACACUAUAUAGCAUACGUUUGCCCGAUCAAAACGUUUAUGCUUUACAUAUAUUGUGGAACCCUGUGUUGCCAAAUAUCAUUGGUGUAGUGCUUAGCAAUGGUAAUUUUGCGUUGUAUACACUUAAAGAUGGUGGCGCUAUGGAAAUGCGUUCUCUUCAAAAUCAGCAAAUACAAUCCGGUUGUUGGUCCCCUAAAGGUAAACAACUUGUGUUCGGAUAUCCAAAUGGAAAAUUGCAGCAAUUUAAACCCGACCUUACGAUGGUUAAAAGUAUCAUUUGCCCACCGAAUGUGCAUCCUGGGCCAUUYGAUACCAUAGCAUUACAUUGGUUAUCCACUUUUCAGUUUGUAGCUAGUUUUUUGCAGCAUGGGGAGCAGGCUAUGCCCAAUCUGUAUAUUAUAAAUGCGCCGAAAGGCGGCACCCCAGUUUAUAUAAACUACAAUGAUGUAUGCUACAGUGGUUCAGAACCGAGAAAGCAACAAGUUACAUUCAUGCAUAUUGCACAGUGGAAUUUAUUAUUAGUUAUAUCCGCAAAUGGUGUUGAAAUAGGGCUAUUGGGUACUAAAGAUGCUAAUGAUCAACCUCAAUGGGUGCAUUAUAUGUUGUUGGAUGAAGCACGCAUUGAAAUGCCACUUACCGAGGGCAGUGAUGAAACAUAUCCCAUUGGAUUGGCAUUGGAUAUUUCGCCAACACAUGAGUUGGUAGUGGGUGAAAAAAAGUUGCAUCCCAUGCCGGUCAUUCAUGUACUUUCUACACACGGUCAUUUGCUAUGUUUUAAUUUUUUGAAUUUGUCAACAAAUGUAAAUAUCUGUUCGCCACCAGCGCCAAUUCAAUACGUAUUGGCUAAGUUUACCAUUUUGGCUGAAAGCAGUUUUACUGAUGCGGAUGCCGCAGAAAAGGAAGAGAGUGAAAAUUUGCCUUYACCAUCAAUUGAACCACCACCGCCACCGCCGACAUCUACAUUAACCUUCAAUGCACAACCACAAUUGAAUAUUGCUAAUCAAAAUAUGUCGGCCUUUGGUGUGCCGGCAAACAAGAAUUUAUUCUCAGGUAGUUUUGAACAAAAACCGCAAAAUUUAAAAUUUGGAAUGGCGUCGGCUAAUACCGAAACGAUGCCUAACGUAUUAAACAAACCAACAGCACAAGCRGCGCCCUUGACAGCUCCGUUAAACACAUUAAAACCUGCGCCACCUACAGAAGUUUUUAAGCCCUUGUAUACGGUUUCACCGGAAUUUGCGCCACCACCAGUACAACCCACGCAACAAACUCCAGGAAAAUCAAAAACACACACWCUAAAUUUAAAUGAAACGAAUACAGUUAUACAACAAAUGAUUGUGAUGCAAAUUACGGCAUUUGACAAAGAAAUUAAGCAAUUAGCACAAAAGUCAAAAUUAGCACUUAACGACGAUCCGGGUAUAAUGAAGAGUUAUAGCAAACGCUUAAUUAAUCUACAAGAAAUUAUUGAACAAGCAAAUGAGCGCGAUUUUAUAAAGGAUGUGCAAGAUCUACGACACUCACUGACAGAAUCAUAUGAAAUGUUAAAUGAAUGCCGCUCUAAACUGGAAACAUUUAAAAACCCUGACGAACCAGGUGCAAAGUAUUUAUCAUUAUAUGAUUGUAUUAGCCAACGUCAACUGAAAGGUCUUCAAAGCUAUCUUACCAUUAAUCAAAGUAUAAUGAAGCGCCUGGAGGAACAAAUGGACAUACAAUGGUCAUAUUAUCAAGAUUUGGUCCGCCGUAAUUCAAAAUCUCAAAUGCGUAUACCAUGCCUGGAUGGCAUAUACCAACAAAUGACCAAAUUGAAAAAUCUUAUCACACAACAGCAGACAAAAUUGCAUUAUAUUAAAAAUACUAUGAAGCAAAAAGAUUUGGGUAGUGGCAGAACGGCCAGCGAUUGUCGCAAGGAAAACAAACAAUUGAUAAAAUCGGAUGCGGGAGUUGUGUCAUUGGCAGAUUCUAUACUCUCCAUGACUAUACACAACAUCACAGAUGCCAAAAGCAAUAAAUUAUCCGAGAGCAAAUUGAAUGCUUUGAGAAAUUUUACAAAUCAACAGGCGAAGGUAAAAAUAAUCAAGCCACAGCGACCUAACCGCAUUGAGCUGACCUCGGAGGUUAUUUUAGAAACCAAGCAACUAAUCAAAAAGAAAGAAACUAAAGACUAUAAAACUACUAAAGUGGCUGACAACAAAAAUGUUGCGACAACAAAGGAAGUGCAACAACAAGCGCCAUUUAAGCUAAUGCAAGCGCCGACUAAACAAAAUAUUGAACUACAAGUGCCAAAGCCGCACCAACAACAAUCAGAACAACAGUCAUUACAAUUCUCAAAACCAACACCAACAGCCGGAUAUUUCAGUARCUCACAAACUUCAGCACAAACUGCUACAGCUGCCCAACUUAAGCAACAAACUAGCACACCAUUUUCGACACUCGGUUUCGCUAGUGGCAACAAUUUUCUGCCGAAAGCUGAACCACUUAAAUUCGAUAGUGGAAAUGAAAUGCCUAAAUUUAACACAAAUACAAAUGCAUGCAAAAACGAUGUUAUUGAAAACAAAGCAAACACUUUAACGGCAGCCAACACUAACGCUUUACCAAAAACCGAGAGUGCUGAUAAAUCAUCAGCGCCAGCAAUGAACUUCUCAUACACAUCGAAAGCUGAUGCGGCCGAUAUUGGCAAGUCCUCGUUAAAUUUUAAUGCCCCUUCGAAAGCCUUUACCGGUUUUGGCCAACAGUCGUCGAAACCCCAAACCAACAUAUUCAACGCAAAUAACACACCAGUUAAUGUAAAUGCUAAUCAAAYAAACGAAGCACCGAAAGCGUUCAGUUUUGGUGGCACAUUUAGUGCAUUAACGGAUUUGAAUAAUGCCAACAAGCAGAGUGCUGCGCAAAAUCAAUCAAAUUUGACGGCUAAUACAAGUGCARCGGCGACAACACAACCAUUAUUUGGCACAACAACAAUGCAACCAACAAUUUUUAAUAAACAAAAUGAGAAUCAAUAUUUUGSACCACCAACAGUCUCAGCUGCUAGUACAAUUGGAAAUGAAAAAAUAUCCACUGCUGAUACACAGACGAAGAGUAUGCCUUUGGUAAACGCUUCAACCCAAGAUACAGCAGAUCGUAAUGUUGUCGGUAAUGUGAGUACAACACAAACUAAGAGCGAAGCAGAUGAUAUGUAUUUGAAAUCUUUGAAUAUCUGCAAACCAACACCGAAAGAAGCUGUGAAACCUAAAGAUGGCAGCUUGUUCUCCUUCAGUUUAAAUACGGAGAAUAAUCCACCAGGUGCUUUUCAGAGCAUGCAACCGGAUUUGUCGAUAUCCAAAGUUAAUACAAUUGCAACAAGCACACCGGCAAUAGCAGCACCAACACCAGCAAUUUUUGGCAAGCUCGCCACAACAGAACAGUCACCUUCACCAUUCAGUGUUGCCAAUACAAAUGUAUCGGCAUUUGGUGGCACUCUAGGCUCCACCACACCAUCUACAUUAUCUAUACCGACCACUAGCAGUAUUGGUGGCGUAGGCGCAUCUGCGUUUUCGUUUACGAACCCGUCGCUCUUCAAACAGCUGCCCACUUUCCAAAGUCAAACUCUUGCAAGUACCACUACCACUACUACUACUACUACUACUACUACUGCGGCGAGCGUUACGUCAACAUCAGCAACUACAAGCGCGCCGACCGCAGCCAAACCAGCGCCAACGGAAGCAGCUGCUUUUACCAAAACAACUACAGCCGUUGCCACAGCUYCAUUAGCCCCUACUGCUACAAUAACCGUUGCUGCCGCCACAACAAUCCUAACACCAACACCGUCACCUACAAUUGUUGCACCCACCGYUGUCUCGGCGGCACCUGUUAGCGGCGCAACCAGUCCAUUCUUUUCAACGAUUGCAGCGGCUAAAAUGCCUGGCGAAUCGCUGUUUGGCAAUUUAGCGCAGCCAACUCAAGCUAUCAGCCCCGUUAGCUCUCUGGCAAAAACGGACAAUACUUCGCAACCGGCAACGACUACAAGCGUUUCGGCAUUUGGUGGCUUAUCAUUGGGUAGUCAGGCGCAAGCUGCCAGUGGUGGUAGCAUCUUUGGCAACUCAGGUAGCGUAGGUUUUGGCACUGCAACGGGUGGCAUAUUCGCCGCUGCCACAGCUGGCAGCAUGCCAGCAAGCCCCGCAGCGCCCGGCGCCAAUACCUCUGCUGGUUCCAUAUUUGGUAACAGUGCCGUUAAGAGUCCCGAUGGGUCGAUUUUCGGAAAUGCUGCWACGAAACCCGCUGAAAAUACUGGUUCUAUAUUUGGUAAUGCGGCAGUUAAGAGCGCUGAUAACACAGGUGGUUCUAUAUUUGGUGGUACGCCUGCUAAAAAUCCUGACAAUGUCAGUGUUUUCGGUUCACCAACAUCACCGAAUGCAGCCGUCAGUAGUGGUUCGAUUUUCGGUCAAUCGACUGGUAGCAUUUUUGCUUCUGCUACCGCCGCCAACAAGCCGGAUUCAACAUCCACAGCAUCUGGUUUCAGUUUUGUUGGUUCGGCUUUUGGCKCGGCACCGAAUAAUACCGCAGCGUCUGGCGGCUCUAUAUUUGGUGGCGCUCCAGSUGCAUCUGGUCCGCAACAACAACAGCAAGCAAAUAUAUUUAGUUCACCCGSCAGUGGUUUUGGUGCAACGGCUAAUUCACCGUUCAGUUCAUUCUCACAAGGUGGCUCUUCAAUCGCAAGCACCGGUUUUGGUUCACCUUCACAGCAACAACAAGCGGGUGCAUUUCCACGACCAGUUUUCGGUGGUGCGCCAACAUUCGGUAGUCCACCGGGUUUUGGUGCACAACCUAGUUUUGGUGGCGCGCCGACUUUUGGUAGUCCCAAAGGUUUCGGCUCCUUUGCCACGCCCACAACCACCGCCUUCAGCGCGCCUACCACGCAAAGCAGCAAUAUUUUCGAUGCUUUGGGCUCGACAGACACAGGCCUGUCCUUUGGAAAUCUAGCACAGACGACGAAUACUCCGCCAGAUGCUCCGAAGCCUAUAUUUGGCGGCUCCUCAUUCAUGAAUUAUCGUGCAUAAGUGUGCCACAAUGUCUAGGUGAAAGCGAGUCAGAUAACAGGUUACAAUUUCAAAUGAUUCUAUUUAAGUUACUGAAAUUAUACUAUGAAGAAAAAAUCCAUAUUAAACAAAAAUACAACCACUAUA